AUGUUUGCCCCGCUUCUUCUGUUGGCACCUCUAUUGCUGCCAGUAACGGAUGCCUUCUUUCUUCCCGGUGUAGCGCCAACCACGUACCAUGAGGGAGAUGAGAUCAAGCUGUAUGUGAAUCAUCUAACGCCGUCGAGAUACUACCAACAUAAGGACAAGAAUGGUAAUAUUAUCAAGAGUGAUAAGGAGCAUUAUCUGUACUCAUAUGAUUACUACUACGAGAAGUUGCAUUUUUGCAGACCCGAGCAUGUUGUUGAGAAGUCUGAGUCUCUAGGCUCGAUCCUUUUUGGUGACAGGAUCUAUAAUUCUGCGUUUGAGCUGAAAAUGCUCGAUAACAAAGAGUGCGUUUCGUUGUGUAAAAGUACCGUUCCUGCAGAUGACGCGGUUUUCAUCAAUCAACUGAUCAAGAACGGCUUUCUGCUUAAUUGGAUUGUCGAUGGACUACCUGCGGGUGUCUCUAUCUACAACGAGCAACAAACAUCGAACCACAUCACUAACGGGUUUCCCCUGGGAUACGUGGAAACCGUUCAAGGAAUACAUGGCAAGAGCGAUGGUGCUCUGAAUAGGAGGAGCAGUGCCCCGAGCAGCAGGCUUUCCAAUGCACUGGUCAAUAUUGAGAUACCUUACUUGACGAACCAUUUCGACAUUGAAAUACAGUAUCAUGAACCUGCAAGCGGCGAGUACCGCAUCACUGCUGUUGUUGUUACUCCUGAGUCAAUCAAAAGACAAUCUGCUACCUGUGAUUUUACUGACGAGCCACUCAACUUGGCUGAGAACCAAGAUAAUGAGGUGUACUAUACUUACUCGGUGAAGUAUACGCGUUAUAGUCGUCUCUGGGGAAGUAGGUGGGAUAACUACACAUUUGCUUACGACACCACUAUUCAGUGGUUCUCCUUGAUAAAUUGCACGAUUGUUGUGCUGGGGCUCUCUUCGGUGGUGAUUCAUAUGUUAAUGCGUGCACUAAGGAAUGAUAUGGCACGCUACAACGAAUUGAACCUGGAUAAUUUUCAGGAAGAUUCCGGUUGGAAGUUGAAUCACGGUGAUGUGUUUCGCACUCCUGAUAGGCCUCUUUUGCUCUCAGUUCUCGUUGGUUCCGGGGUUCAGCUGUUGCUAUGUGUUAUCGCUGCUAUUGUGAGUGGCGCUGUGGGACUCAAUAAUCACGAUGCAAGAGAAACUUUGCCAACCAUAUGGUUCAUACUUUACGCAGUAUUUGGCUUUGCGGGCUCUUUUACAUCAAUGAGUGUUUACAAAUUCUUUAAAGGUUCUUAUUGGAAAGUGAAUAUGCUUUUAUCGCCGUUGCUCGUUCCGGUUGGUAUCCUACUUGUGGUAAUGUCAUUGAAUAUCUUUCUUCUAUUUGUGCAUUCGUCAGAUGCUGUACCAGCUAGCGCUUUAUUCGCCGUCGUAUUGAUCUGGUUUGUCCUAUCCAUUCCUCUGUCGUUCGCUGGCUCUUUAAUUGCCCUCAAAAAGUGCACUUGGGAUGAACAUCCGACAAAGACCAACCAAAUCGCUAGGCAAAUUCCCUAUCAACCAUGGUAUUUGAAGACCUUUCCUGCUUCACUGAUCGCCGGUGUUUUUCCGUUUGCAUCGAUCGCUGUGGAACUGUAUUUUGUCUACAGCAGCUUGUGGUUCCAUCAAUUUUUCUACAUGUUUGGAUUCCUGAUGCUUUCCGUUCUUUUACUAACGUUAACAACGUCCCUUACGACUUUAAUCAACAUUUACCAUUCUCUUUGUUUGGAAAACUGGAAAUGGCAAUGGAAAUCCUUCAUAAUCGGGGGGUUUGGAUGUGCCCUUUAUGUUUUCGUUCAUUCGAUUUUAUUUGCCGAGUUCAAGUUUCGUGGUUUUGCCACAAUCGUACUCUAUGUUGGAUACAGUCUGCUCAUCUCUCUGUUAUGCUGUCUCAUAACAGGUGCAGUAGGUUUUCUCAGCAGCAUGAUCUUCGUUCGAAAGAUUUAUGCCUCGAUCAAAGUCGAUUGA